GGCUCAAGUUCUCGAACAACCUUUCAGAGAAAGCAUGUUCCAACGUUGAUUGUUUCAUGCUACCUGCAACCCGGUGGCCUGUGAGGGUCUUGCCCUCUACAUUUCUUCCGCGUCAUGGGGGCUCCGGCUCCAUCCAUUUGAAGCCGCCAAGGCUGAAUGCCGCGCUGACAUGCGCAUGCGCCGUAAAGCUGGCGCAGGCGUUUCGCCCAUUCCGAACGCGGGUGGCAGCAACUUCGGGCCUUGGCAGCGCAUCAGAGGCUGAAGCUAGCUAUACACUAGAAGGAGGCUAUGACCUGCAGCCGCUUUCAGAUGGCACAGGGGCUUGGCUGGCACACCGGGCUCAAAACGAUGUGCCUGGCAGUGGUCCCGGCCAUGACUGGGUCUCUGAAGUCUUCGCAGACGCUGAGGACAAACACGGCGCCAACCUGGCGGCCGCUGCCGGUUUUGAAGUGCCGCGGGCGAGGCUGAAGCAUCCACCAAGGAUCUUGGUACUCUACGGCUCCUUGCGGCCCAGCUCCUUUUCCCGGAAGUUGGCCUUUGAGUGUGCGCGCUUGUUGGAACUGUUGGGCGCGGAUGUCAGGACGUUUUGCUCUAGCGGGCUGCCUGUGCGAGACCCGGCCCUGGAAGACCAUCCCAAGGUCCAAGAGCUCCGAGCCUUGUCCGGCUGGUCCGAAGGCCAUGUGUGGGUGAGUCCGGAGAUGCAUGGUUGUGUUACAGGCGCCUUCAAGAAUCAAAUUGACUGGCUGCCGCUGAAUACAGGAUCGGUUCGCCCCACUCAGGGCCGAACUUGUGUGGUGCUUCAAGUGAACGGUGGCAGUCAAAGCUUCAAUGUGGUCAACGAGCUUCGGCGUCUUGCACGGUGGAUGCGCAUGCCUUGCUGCACGAACCAGUCUUCCGUGCCCAAGGCGUGGCAAGAGUUUGACGACGAUGGGCGAAUGAAGGAUUCGGACUUCCGUGAUCGAGUUGUGGAUGUGAUGGAGGAAUACUUCAAGUUCACCUUGAUCAUGCGAGAACACGCAGAUUUCCUUGUUGACCGCUUCUCCGAGAGAAAGGAGAUUGCACAGAAGGGUCGGCUCCACUCACAAGCUGAGAAGGAAGCUCGGAAACCAUGAUAUGGUCCUCAUGACUAACAUGCAUUGGGUCGUGGUCACCUUGCACAUAUUCGCAUUUCGCAGGUGAUGCUUGCAUUGGAGAUGCAUGCAGAAAGAAUAUCAUGUCAGUGACAAUCUUGUGUGGCAAGGACUUUGC